AUGUUUCGAUUGACCUUUCGGUUUCUCACACUCCUGCUACUGCUGUUGACUUGUUGUGUGAAUGUUGUGUUCUCUGCAUCAUCUUGUUCAUUAAAAAUUGGUGAUGUUGGAAUUAUAGAGCUUUCGAAUAUUGAUAUUCCUGGCUCAGGAUAUACGGUUGCAGGAACCGAUGCUAAUUGGAACUUUUAUUUCAAUAUUUGUGGAAGUAUCACCAAUCCAAGCACUGCUGUUUGUACUGUUGACGCUCAAGGAUAUCAAUAUUCCAAACAAUACAAUCUCUGCUUUCCAAUAGGUGUUAAAGGGGUUCCCCAAAUUAGUUUGAAUUCGACUAGUGAUGGAUUAGUUGUAAAGGUCGUCCAUGCUGGUAUUCCUGCCACUGAUGGAGUUUCAAGAGCAUUGUCUAUUUCAUUAACAUGUGAUUUAACUGCUCCUGAAAGACCAACUCUCACAUUCAGUGGUGAAUCAAGAGAAGGUGGUGUUAUCAAUUAUGGUUUUUCUGGAAAAUCUAAACUUGCCUGCCCAUAUGCAAAAAAAACAGUUGAAUGGGGAAGAGUUAUGGAAAUUAAUGUGGAUUUUGCAAAUUUGACAUUUCCAGAAUUGAAAUCAGUUUAUGGACAACCAAAUUUGGUAUUGAAACUGAAUCCUAUUCAGCAAAGAAAUGUUUUAUUCUAUAUUGGGAAUUGUUUGGUAAAUGAAUGGAAUUCAAUUGAAAGUGUGAAAGAAGAUCAUUUCUAUCAAAAUUAUGGUUGCAUUUCUUUGAUAGCUCAAGAAUUGAACUCUAAUGAGGCAGUUCAAUCAGUGUGGCAAUUUUCAAAUUCGAAUCAAGAAAUGGUAGCCAUUGUUCAAUCAAAUCUUACACAACAAGUCAUCUCCAAUAGAAAUCCAGAUUAUUCAUUCACUAUUUCUCCACCCAGUGCUGUAUAUAAUUUGUUUUAUGCUAAAAAGAUUAGUUUUAAUUAUACUAAAUUUGAAAUUGGACAAACAUACUCAAUUCAAAGUGAUAAUUCUGCACCAUUCACAGCAACUUUCACCACUCAACCUCAAACAUAUUUUGAAAUCAGAAUUGAAAAUACAGCAACAAUUCAAGAUGUUUAUAUUGGAAAGAAACCAAUCACUUGGAAUAUUGAAAGAAAUCAAUUUUUCAAUUAUGAUUAUCAUUUGAAUUUAACACAAAAAGAAACAAUCUACUCUGGUGAAGCAACUCAAUACUAUUUGGUAUCUUCAAAAGGUGGAUUCAAAGUCACUAUAACUGAACAUGCAUUUAGAAAUGAUUCUAAUCGUUGUGUUGGUGGCUCAUUGUUGAUCAUUGCAUUGAUUUUUUCAUUGUUAUAUUUUGUUUAAAAGGAAAAGAGGAAAUAUUGGAAAAUAAAAAUUGUUGCCAGAAUGAUUUCACACCUCAUGAGUGUUUCUCAUUCAUAUUACUGAC